GUUCAAAUUUGUCGAAGUUAUAACGCGGUUAGUUAAGACGAUGCAUUUGUAUGAUUUUAAAACGCUUGAUGUAAUAAACGUAUCUAACAAAUGCAAAUAGCGAAAAAAUUGUAACGAAAUUCGUCUAAUUUCAUUCAAUUAAGACUGUUUUCAUACAGUCUAAAGAAUGAAGAAAAAAUGAAGAAAUUGGCGUACUUUUAAAUGCGAAGUUGAACACGAAGUUUCAAUUAAAUAAUUCAAUAUUAUAUUCAAUAAUAGUAUUAAUGAUACUGUAGUGAAUAGAUAUGGAAACAGCAGUAAAGAGUAUUCAACAUGGCACAAGAAGCUACUAACAAAUUGAUUAGAGAAGACUUUGAUGCAGGUCCUCCAAGUUAUACCGAAAUUAUACCUGGUUUGUUUCUUGGAAAUCUCACGGCUGCUACGGAUAUCAAAUGGUUGAAAGAAGCUAAAGUAAAUUACAUACUGACAGCAGAUUCGUGCCCUUUACCUAGAAAGAUCCAAGAACUUUUGCCAAAUUUGACCAUAAAAUAUGUUCAAGUUACCGAUAUGCCACGCGAAGAUCUUUUGACUCAUUUCGAAGAUUCUUACGAGUUUAUAGAUCAUGCUUUGCAACUGACCGAUAAAGUAUUAGUACACUGCUAUUUUGGCAUAUCUAGGUCCGCUACGUUAGUUGUAGCAUAUUUAAUGAAAAAAUAUAAGAGAAAUUUCUUCGAUACGUUUGAAGAGGUGAAAGGAAAAAGACCCUUUGUUGAACCUAAUGCUGGUUUUUUAGCGCAAUUGAAACUUUACGAAGAAAUGGGUUUUGGAAUAGACAAUACCAAUGUACAAUUUAAGAUGUACAAAUUACAAAUCGCAGCAGACAAGGUAAGGAAGGCAAAGAUCUUACCUCAAACUUGCGCAGAAUUGAUAAAACCGGAUCCAGCUCUCGCUACAGUACGUCCAGAGCCAACGGUUUAUCGAUGUAAAAAGUGCAGAAGAAUCGUGGCUAGUGCCAGUAAUAUUUUGCCACAUAUACCAAGAGAGAAACAAAUUUGGAGACACAUAAGUUCGAAAAGAACAUCGAAACAGUCGAAAGUCUCGCGCGAUCCUUUAGAACCGUCAAAAAAAGAAGAUCAGCAGUCCGUAGAAUUUUGUACUAAAAUAUUGUUCGUGGAGCCCUUGGCCUGGAUGCCUGAUAUUACUCAUAACGUCGAAGGAAAGUUAAAUUGUCCAAAAUGUGGUACAAAAUUAGGCUCCUUCAGUUGGAUAGCAGGUAGUCAGUGUCCAUGCGGUAGCAAAAUAGCACCAGCAUUUUAUUUGGUUCCUUCAAAAGUGGACUGGAGCAAUGUCGUACAAAAUGUACAAGUAACUGUAUAGUGUUAAAAAUGUAUUUAUAUAUUUAAAAACUUUUGGACGGAUGAUAUAUGUAUAUACAUAUAGACAUUUUUUGGACCUUUUUACGUGGUUUUAGUCGUUUAUUAUCGAAACGAAUAUAGGUACGUGUGACCAAUAUUAUACGUAUGAAGAUUCGUAUUCUAAUUUUGUGCCAAUAUUCAUACCUAUAUUAUGUACGUACAAAUAAUCGUUAUUUUGCGAUUGUAACGUCAGAUGUUUAUUAUCGCGACAAGUAAACUAUUGUUCUUCCACGAUUCGAUUCUUACAUGUCUACAUCUUCCUUUUUUCUACGAUUAAAUGUACCGAAUUUGUAGAUUAGAAUACCAAUUUCUGUGUAUAUUUCUUGUAUUAAUAAUGUAAUACAUUUACCAUUUUUAUCAUUUA